AAUCAAAUGUGCAUAACGGAAGCUGCCAAGGGCCAGUUUCUAGUGUGCUGGUUUGAACAAGAACCGCUACGAGGGACGACAAGGCAGGAGAGCGGCCCAGCAUUCAUUUUCCAACGUUAAAGGCAAUAUUGAUGGAGUGGCAGCCAGAUGAGCAGGGACUUCAGCAGGUCCUCCAGCUGCUUAAGGACUCGCAGUCACCUGACACAGCAACACAAAGAGCCGUCCAGCAAAAACUUGAACAACUGAACCAGUUCCCCGACUUCAACAACUAUCUCAUCUUUGUCCUUACAAGACUCAAAACGGAAGAUGAGCCAACUCGCUCCCUUAGCGGUCUCAUCCUGAAGAACAAUGUUAAGGCCCAUUACCAGAACUUCCCACCAACAGUCGCGGACUUCAUCAAGCAGGAAUGUGUCAACAACAUUGGCGACCCCUCGCCACUCAUCCGUGCCACUAUUGGCAUCCUCAUUACAACUAUUUCAUCCAAGGGUGAGCUGCAGUCAUGGCCUGAGCUGCUGCCUCAGCUCUGCAACCUUCUCAACUCUGAGGACUACAACACAUGUGAGGGCUCGUUUGGAGCACUGCAGAAGAUUUGCGAAGACUCAUCCGAGCUGCUGGACAGCGACGCUCUCAACAGACCGCUCAAUAUCAUGAUACCCAAAUUCCUUCAGUUCUUCAAGCACUGCAACCCAAAAAUUAGAUCCCAUGCCAUAGCCUGCGUGAACCAAUUCAUCAUUGGCAGAGCCCAGGCUCUAAUGGAUAACAUUGACACCUUCGUAGAGAGCCUUUUUGUGCUGGCGGCAGACGAGGACUCUGAAGUCCGAAAGAAUGUUUGCCGGGCUCUGGUCAUGCUUCUGGAGGUCCGCAUCGACCGGCUCAUCCCCCACAUGCACAGCAUCAUCCAGUACAUGCUGCAGCGGACCCAGGACCCAGAUGAGAAUGUAGCUCUGGAAGCCUGUGAAUUUUGGUUGACUCUUGCAGAGCAGCCCAUCUGCAAGGAGAUGCUGUCGGGACACCUGAUGCAACUGAUCCCUAUCUUGGUAAAUGGGAUGAAGUAUUCAGAGAUUGACAUCAUACUGUUGAAGGGAGAUGUGGAGGAAGAUGAGGCGGUCCCAGACAGCGAUCAGGACAUCAAGCCUCGUUUCCACAAGUCGCGCACUGUGACCUUGCAGCACGAAGGUUUAGAGGGAGGGGACAGUGAGGACAUCGAAGAUGAUGACGAUGACGACGACGACACAUUGUCUGACUGGAACUUGCGAAAGUGUUCAGCAGCAGCACUAGACGUACUUGCCAAUGUAUUUCGUGAUGAGCUGUUGCCCCACCUGCUGCCACUGCUGAAAGGCUUGCUCUUUCAUCCUGAUUGGGUUGUCAAAGAGUCCGGCAUCCUUGUAUUGGGGGCGAUUGCAGAGGGCUGCAUGCAAGGUAUGAUCCCCUACCUGCCAGAGCUCAUCCCGCACCUCAUCCAGUGUCUGUGCGACAAGAAGGCUCUAGUGCGCUCUAUUGCCUGCUGGACCCUUAGUCGUUAUGCACAUUGGGUGGUCUCCCAGCCGCCAGACUCCUACCUCAAGCCCCUAAUGACAGAGCUUCUCAAACGCAUUCUGGAUGGCAACAAAAGGGUACAAGAGGCCGCUUGCAGUGCAUUUGCCACCUUGGAGGAGGAGGCGUGCACAGAGCUUGUACCAUAUUUGAGCUUCAUCUUGGACACUCUGGUCUUUGCCUUUGGAAAGUACCAGCACAAGAACCUCCUCAUUCUUUACGAUGCCAUUGGAACUCUGGCGGACUCAGUGGGUCACCACCUGAAUCAACCUGAGUAUAUUCAGAAGUUGAUGCCCCCUCUUAUUGCAAAGUGGAAUGAGCUCAAGGAUGAAGACAAGGAUCUAUUUCCUCUUUUGGAGUGUUUAUCUUCAGUCGCCACUGCACUGCAGAGUGGGUUCCUGCCUUACUGUGAGCCAGUCUACCAGCGCUGUGUCACACUAGUCCAGAAGACUUUAGCUCAGGCCAUGAUGUACAGCCAGCAUCCGGACCAGUAUGAGGCUCCUGACAAGGAUUUUAUGAUUGUGGCCCUGGACCUACUCAGUGGCCUGGCUGAGGGCUUGGGCAUUCACGUGGAGCAGCUUGUGGCCCGCUCGAACAUCAUGACGCUGCUUUUCCAGUGCAUGCAGGACACUAUGCCUGAAGUGAGGCAAAGCUCCUUCGCUCUGUUGGGAGAUUUAACAAAGGUCUGCUUCCUCCAUGUUAAGCCGUGCAUUGCUGAGUUUAUGCCCAUUCUGGGCCUCAAUCUGAACCCAGAGUUUAUCUCAGUUUGUAACAAUGCCACAUGGGCCAUUGGGGAAAUUGCCAUGCAAAUGGGUGCAGAGAUGCAGCCUUAUGUAGGAGUGGUUUUGUCGCAUUUGGUGGAGAUCAUCAACAGACCCAACACACCCAAGACUCUGCUGGAAAACACAGCCAUUACAAUAGGCAGACUGGGUUACGUAUGUCCUCAGGAAGUGGCGCCACAGCUUCAACAUUUCAUUAGGCCAUGGUGCACAUCGCUGAGGAACAUCAGGGAUAAUGAAGAGAAAGAUUCAGCCUUUCGCGGAAUCUGCGUGAUGAUCGGUGUCAACCCAGCUGGUGUUGUGCAGGAUUUCAUUUUCUUUUGCGAUGCUGUGGCAUCCUGGGUCAGCCCUAAAGAUGACCUGAGAGACAUGUUUUAUAAGAUCCUGCAUGGCUUCAAGGACCAGGUCGGCCAAGAGAACUGGCAGCAGUUUUCCGAGCAGUUCCCUCCAUUGUUGAAGGAGCGCCUCUCAGCAUGCUAUGGCGUCUAGCACAAGUCCACACCGGACCUGUUCGGUUACCAUAGGGGAGGGUGACUGGGGGAACUGAUUGCACUGCCCAGCAUAGCGGGAGAAACCACGUGGAGGCAAUGUGACAGGCCUCCACUCGGCAGGGGGUCUUCUUCUCCCCCCUUUCCCUGUGCCCUGUGUCUCUGUGAGGGAGGGUGGGAGGAGGGAGGGUAAACUUAGGGAUAUACGUAUACCUCUUGGAUUCAUAACGCCUCGCACAAAUCCAACACACUCAAAAGUGACUUUCACCAAAAGCACCGCAGGGAUUCCAGUUGGGCGGGGGCUGGCUUUGACCUCCCCCUUCCGCAGUCGGAUUACUUCAAGGUAGCUGGCAGGGGAGGGGGGGUGUCAGAUAGGUACAUUAAAAUGAAUUAUCUGAACCAGCAUAGGGUGCCAUAGUCCCAAAUCUCACAAUGCACAUAGUCAAAUGUAUGGACAGACGCGCAUAUGUCAUCAGUGUGUUUUUAAAAACUGCUAAUGUGACUUUACUCUUACAAGUCACCUCUUGGCUAUAGCCAGAGGCUAAACAAAACAAAGAUGCUUUUACUAUGUAAUAAUGCAGGAAAAUGUGCACAAAUAUUUGCACCUUUUUACAGGAAAUGAUGCAUAAACCUCUUUGAUGUGCAUACACUUUGGGGCUUUUCCUCCUCAUUGUUGUACAUUGAUGCCGAGCUAUGAUUUGAUCGCCUCUCAAAGUGAUGCAUGUAGGAAAAGAAUCCCUGAUUGUUAUAUCGUCGCAGUAGAGAGAGGCUGCCGAAAUGCGGAGCAGUCAGCUGCUUAUGUUCUUACAAACUCAUCUUAUUGCUCAACAAAGGUUGUGCGAGAACCAACUAUAGGUAGACGAAUACUUCAUUAAUUAAAGACCAGCUGAAAUGCUGUAGGCAGGUUGAAGAUUCUUCUGCUGCAUUUUCUUUAAAGAGCUUUCAAACCAGAUGUAAUAAAGAGAGAAGCUGUCAAUAAUAUCUAGGUUCUUACUGAUAUAAAUGCACUUUUUUCUUUUGUAAGAAAUGUAUUUCCAACAAUAUAUUGAUCUUGAGGGUUUUUUUUUUUUUUUUCCCCAGAUAAGGGAUUCUUGGCUUGUCAGUGGAUUGUUAAAGAUAAUGUUAAGCAAGGACUAGGUAAUACUUGAGGCUUCUUAACAUAGUAAUAAUUUAGCUUGUGUUAAAAUGAAGCUUGAAGAGGAUACUAUUUCAGUAUUUUGCAUACAUGUCCCGGUGCAGCUUUUUUUUUUCUUUUUUUUUUUUUUAAGGCAGUUAUUACAGUAAUGUCGUAAACCCUGCAUGCGUUCCAAUGAGUGUUAUUCCUUUUUAAGACAUUUUAUAAUGUGUCCCUUUUUUGGAGGGGACUUUCAGAGCUUUGGCAAUGGCAAUAUAACUUCACGCUGGACUAAAUGGGCUAGUGCUCCAGCUUCUGAUCAAAACUAGUGAUCUGGUUUCAUCCCCACCUGUUGACACUGUGUAGCUUAUGCCUGGAAAAUACACUGAUCCAAAUCUUUGUGCCCGACACUGGAUAGCCGGAGAGAGCGAACUUUAUCCGGUGUCGAGCCAUUGUCCAUAAUGGACGAUCGUAUCGGAAGCGUGGGUAUGGAUGUGAGCCUGUGUGUGUGUGUGUACGCAUGCAAGUAAUGCUUAUGUUUUGCACUAGCCCACACCCUAAGGUUAUGCGCCGGGCAUAGUUUUCUGGAAAGAGUGUGUGUUGGGGGCCACUGCCAAUAUCAACAAAAGGGUGUUCAAAGCUUCUGAUAGUAAAGUACAAAUCCCAUCCAUAUCAUGUUCCUGCGUAUUGGCUAACUUUUGUGAAUUUAGUCUAACUUUUUUCCUACUAUGUUGAAAAUGAACUUUUGUAGCACAAUUGCAUUGCCUCAUUUUUUUUAAGCUGCUAAAAGAUCAUUACUAAUGACAUCACUUGUUUAUUUGCUAGUUGAGCAUGAGGCAGUAGGUGGAAAGAUUUUUAUUUUAUUUUUUUAUUAUUUUGAUGCUUUUAACUUAUUUUUAUUUUACUUUUUUGUGCAAUCUAUGUGCACAAAUUUUUUUUGGACUUUAAAAGUUUUUUUUUGUUUUUAUUCUUUUUAUUUAAAGAAAAUAUUCAUUUUAGAUUGGACCAUUUGAGUUACAUCAAAUUAUCCAUUUUUGAUGUGGUGGUUGACUGAAGGAGUCUGCUGGGUGCAUACUUUACUUUUUUUUUUCUUUUUUUUUUUUUUUUUUUAGGGGAAAAAGUCAUUGAUUCAUUCAUUCGCUGUAUCAACCUGAUAUCAAGGCUGGCGAGUGGAUUUCAUCUGCCCUUUUUUUGCUUAACUGUGGUGCGAGGUGGGUUAGCUGAUGUAGUCCUUUCUAUUUAAUUUUGUUGAAGGGGGAAAAUAAAAGUUGUU